CAGAACAUAAACGCUUGACAGUCUAUACAGCAAUGGACCACUCAGGCUCUAGGCCCAUCCUGACAUCCGAAAACUUUCACAAUACACAACACCUGUCUCGAGCCACCUCUCCAGGAGGUGAGCCUGCCGUGAUGAAUGGGGACGGUGAGCCUAAGGCGCGAGUUCGCCCACGCACAUACCCGUACUUCAAAUAUCUACCAUAUUCGCUCGAGGACGAACCAGAGAGGGACAAGAACUUUCGCGAGAUCCUCCGACAACUGUACAUCGCAGUUGAAGCUGGAGAUUUCAGUCCCGGCGCGGUGCACUGGACAAGAGAGCUCAGAGGGUGGCUGUCACUAAAGUUUGACCCUACUCGGACGCAACGGGUUAAUCUCGUUAAACUGUACUAUGAGCUCUCCCUCGCCCCCGGAAUCGAUCCCAAUGUUGCGGAACGAUUUGCGAGCAUGUUCAUGUUGCUCACCAAGCGCAAGCACUACCUGAGACCCGUCAAGGAUCUAACGCUGGACUGGAAGCCUUUGUAUAGAGAGCUGAAAUCCUUUGUCCUGCCGACCGAGUCGGGCUUGGUGCACUCGUCGAAUCUUAAACGGAACAUCAAGACUUUGACCAAGCUCUGUGCCUUCGUUCAACUGUACAUUGAUCCGUGUGAACUGCCGGCGAUGCUCGAAGAGUUCCUCCCUCACUAUACGACUUCCUUCUCAGAAGGUGCUUUUGUUGUCGUCGGCCUGAUCAACCUGAUGUUGCCUACAUCUCCUCCGCCCGAGUCAAGAGAGGAUUUGCUUCCCCAGCACUACAUGCCGACCUAUUUCCAUUUAUGGUCGCUGGUUAGUCGGUCGAAGACAUUCGAUAUCACUUUCUUGGACUAUCUUUCUCGACUUGCUCGGGACUCCCUGCCAGCCAGUCAUAUACCGUUCUCGGAGCACGGCAUUUUUACUCCUGAUCAAUCCUCGCUCAUAUUCACCGCUAUUUUGCGACUACUAGAGAUCCCGGUGGGACAGUCAACCUCUCCCUAUAGUGCUCUUGUCGAUAUCUCUUCCGGGCUGGGUAUCAUGCUUGACCGUGACACACGAAAGCAUCCGGUCGCACAUCACAUUGCCAGGUGGAUUGUAAUGUCGCUGUCACCAGCAUGCCUCGAUGCUCAGGAGUCGAUUCUCACCCAGCUCGAAGGCCUUGUUCAGGCGGUAGAGACUUUUUUCCAUCCCUCCAACUCUGGCGCCUGGACAAAGACCUUGUCGCAAUUGGUGUACUACCUGGCAGAUUUCUUUGUGAUGCGUUGGAACCGAGAGCAAACCGGCGAGAUGGAGGUCCCACCCGAGCGCAGGUUGACUGAGCCCCUGAAACGUCGCUUUGUGCUUUGCCUACGCGACGUGAUAUUCAUGGGCAUUUACGCCAAAAGUGGCACGGCCAUGAGCUUCUCCUUGUCUACGCUGCAGAAUCUGGCCUUCCUAGAACCCCACCUCAUCCUUCCCGGGGCUCUGCAGCGCAUUUACCCCUCGUUGCAAGGACUCGUAGAAGUUCAUCGGACCACCUCGUCUCUCCGUGCUCUGCAAGUUCUAUCGCGCAUCAUCUCCAGAACCAAGGGUUACCGCUGCCAUAUGACUACUCUUCUUGGGCUCGCAUUACCAGGGAUUGACGCCAAUGAUCUGGAGAAAUCCUUGCACUCCUUGUCAUUCAUUCAGGCUGCUUGCUACAAUAUACCCAUGGCCGACUUGACCCAAGGGAGAGACGAUGUGAAUUGUAACAUGCUUGCAAUGCAAUGGAUUACCGGCGAGAUGGAACGCAUGGAAGAGGAAGGUGUUGACAUCAAAUUGAACUAUGAUACCGAGCUGGACGAUGAGACAGAAGAGAUGAUUCUUCGCUCGUCUACUUGCGGCUUUGGAGACUUCAUUGUCUCCUUCUUGGGUCGUGUCUUCACACUUCUGGAAAACCUGCCAGACGUGAGUAGGGUUCGGAACGGAUCUCCUGAGGAGAACAUCGUGAACACCCUGCCGGCCACCUUCAUGCCACUGCUGUCGUCUCUUUCCCCCGAAUACUAUGAUAUCGCCUUGUCCAAGGUUGUUGACUUCGUCUCCAACCAUGUGAUCCAUCAAGCUCGGGAUGCAAUGGCCUUCAUUUGUAACUCAGUCUGCAAAGUGAACCCUGCAAAGGCCUUGAAGCGCUUCAUCCCAGUGUUGACGCAGGCCAUCCGUACCGAGAUUGACGACAAUGGUGCAGGGUCGACCAGAACGACAGGCACAGAUGUCCUACCUCGAGACCGUGGCCUGGUGUGGAACGUCAGCAUGCUCAGCAUGUGCGUCGUUCAUGUCGGAGAUGCCGUACUGGCUCACAAGAAAGAGCUCUUCGAUAUAGCCGUCUAUAUGCAGCAGAAAUGUCGGGGGAUACCCACAGUACAUAUCUCCAACUUCAUACACCAUCUUCUUCUCAACCUAACGGGUACAUAUACAUCGGACUACUCCUUGUACGAGCCUGACGUUGUCGCUCAAGGCAUACAGCCCAAACACUGGAGCUAUCAGCAAGAUCCUUGUAAACUGAGUGUAAAAUGGCACGUGCCGAAACGCGAGGAACUUGAAUUUGCUGUGGAGCUCUUCCAGAAUCAGGCAGAGUCUGCUCUGAAGCAGCUUAAAGCAUUGACCGAUGAGACCUCCAGCGUGAAGCGCGAUGGAAGCGGUAAAGACUGGUCUGAUGAAGUGACUCGGAACCUGGUGCUGUUACGGCUCAUCCUUUCCGGUAUCUCUGUGCUUCUCGACCCUAAUGCUGCAUCUACGACUACAUCGGCUGGGCUUUCCGACGGAUCGACUGAUGUGCAGAUGGCGGACUCGAAGGAAGCUCCAAGCGACAAUGAGGAUCCUGACUCGGCUCUUGAUAGCUCUGAGGAUUCCGCAGUCAGGGAUACUUUUACCUACCCUACUGGGUAUCCUUUGACUGAGAACGAUAAGCUGUACACAGCCAUUCAUGACAUCAGAGAAAGGGCAGGUUGGGUCUUGCACGACGUGCACAGAUUCCUGUCCGACAAGCAAGAGGACGAUGUGCCAUGCUUCGCAGCUCUUUACUCGGCGUACCGCUCUUGGUUCGUUGACGUCGGUAUUGAACGUUCUGCUCAUGUCCUAGACAGAGUCACUCGACUUCUUGCGGCCGACAUUCAUCCUUAUAAGAUGAGUGGCCUGCGAAAGGAAUAUCCCCGUCCAUUGCUCGUACGAAGGGCGAAUGUGUACCAUCUGCAACGACUUCGGCAUAACGCAGCCCCGCGCCGUCGUUCCAAACUUGAUGAAAUUCUACUCUUAGAUAUCGCCGAGUCCUGCGUAUCUCUGUAUACCGAAACUCGACGCAACGCUCAAAGUGCAGGAGAGUCGGCCCUCAAAGCUGUCUGGGGAUCCCGUCUGCUAGUGAUCCCCCCUCUUUUGAAGGCUCUUCAGAAGGGUAUUAGAGAGAAUGACCAUGCUCGUAUCAAGGGUGCCUUAUUUUCUCUGUUAUUAGGGAGUGUCGCGAAAACUGUUGGGCGCCACUGGAAGUACGCACCCGUUCUUAUUCGAACAUUUAUCGACGCGAGCGCUGUCGACAAACCAUCUGUGCAGAGAAUCUGCUCAAGUGCCGUCUACCAAAUCAUGGAGUACGGACGUGCCAUGGAGAGAAUGGCAGUUCUCGAUCGAGACAUCAUCGAAUCGAUCGCACCGGUUCAAGAAGUCCAGGGUGAGAUUGACCAGAAGCGUGAUGCCAUCAACAAGAAACGCGUGCUCAUCGAGAAGAAGAAGGCAGCCUUGGCAGAGGAAUUGGUCAAUCUUGCCCGGGUAUCUCAUUGGAAAGUCGCAAGUCGAGCAGCCACAAUCGUGAUCACUAUGGGGCUUAGGUUCGACUACGUUGCAAGCGAAAACCUGGUUGAGCUCGUGACCCAAGGCUCGAUUGAUGACCACCCGGGACUGCGCGGCAUGUACUCACAGGCUCUCAUUGCGUUAUUCACGAUGAUAGACGUCCGGGCAAUUUGCAGCCACGAUUACAAAAACUACAUACUGGGCCACCAGCAUUUCCCCUCGAAACUCAAAGUCGCCACCAAGCGCGACGAUCCAAAUUGGACGAAAGAAUACUUGGCGAGCUUCGCUAACCCAGAAGCGGAAUAUUACGUUGAUCAUGAUUUUCCUGGUUGGCUUGUUUGGGCAGAUAGUAUGCCGGCUUACAAGUCGAAUGUGAAACGUGAUAUCGAGUAUGACGAGGUCGAGUGGAAGGUUCGGGCGCAUAUGGGCAAACUAUUCGACAGAGCAUGGUUCUCCAAGUUCUUCAUGUAUCUGAAACAGGAACCCCGGGACCCUUCGGCUGACAAGUUCCGCAUGCCCUGCGCAAUGAUGCUUCUCUACGCCUUCGAGCUGAUGCUUCGUGACGAGCUAACGGCUGCUACGUUCAAAGACAUCCAGGAAGAAAUCGAAGCCGUCUUUGAGGACGGCAGUGACAAGCACCAACAUCGCGCCACUGCAGAGAUUCUCGGGGCUUUGGUGAGCUCUGUGGCCGAUACCAGCGUGGAGAAGCGGACUUUGGUCUGGGAAUAUGCCUUUCCCAUCGUGCAGAAAAUCUUCACUGAUGGGCUGACUCCCGAAAACUCCGGGUACUGGACAACCUUCUUGCAUAUGAUCCUACAGUGCCGAGACCCACGCAGAGCUUGGCCUCUCGUUGACUGGCUAGCAAGUUUCCGGCUGGAUAUGGGCACCAAUGCAGCAUUCAAGGAAAGCUCGAAAAUCAAUCUCUUGCAUCAGUCAAUCAUUGAUGCAGGCUGGCAUUUCCAAAUGGAGAAGCCGAUUGUUGAGGAUUUCCUUGGGCAUCUCGAUCAUCCUUACAAGGGAGUACGCGAAGCCAUGGGACAGACCCUUGCGACUAUCUUCCGCACCAGGUAUCAUGAAUCGUACGCUGACCUGAAACGCCUUCUCGAUGCACAAAAGUCCGCGUCUUCGGUUGGUACAUAUCCUUAUCUCCCCACCGAAGAUUUUACCAAGAUGAUUCGUGAAGUCUUCAGCCGUAUUGAGACAUGGCGGCAAGCCCGCACGCCCGGUCAACAAACGCCUUCGUCCUAUACUUCUGGAUGUAAGACCGUUUUGCUAUGGCUGGAUUCCACCCUUUCGUCCCAUGAAUGUACACAAUUGGUGUCGUUUUUCCCUGAUUUGUUCACGGGGCAGCUUCUGCAUAUGAUGGAUGUCAAGGAAGACCCAGAGCUCCAGUCCCUGGCUUACCACGUCUUCCGUCAUCUGCCCAACAUUCCAUACCCCGCUGAGCAUAACUCGGAGUUUAUCAAGACCCUCAUCCACAUUGGGCAGACAUCGCCUUCAUGGCACCAACGUCUGCGUGUCAUGAUCAACAUUCAGAUCAUAUACUUCCGUCGUCUGUUCUUACUGUCUGCGGGCGAUCGUGACAAGCUUUUUGAGUGCGUGGCCAGCAUGCUCGAAGACCCACAGCAUGAGGUGAGAGUGGGAGCAUCUGCCACCCUAUCUGGAAUGAUCCGUUGCUCUCCUAUUUCGCUCCGGGAAGAGAUGGUUGCCCGACUGAAGAAGCGAUUUACUAAGGUCUUGGUUGAGAACCCUCUUCCUAAGAAACCCAAGGCCCUCCGCUCGGGUAUCUCAACGCCAGUCUCCUCUGGAGCUGGUACUCCGACCCCAGAGCACACCCGACUUAUCAUCUCCAGACACGGUGCAGUCCUAGGACUGGGAGCGCUCAUUCAAGCAUUCCCCUACAACAGUCCACCGCCCAGGUGGAUGCCCGAUGCUCUGACCACCCUGAGCGUCCGAGCGGCUAGCGACCCUGGCAUUGUUGGAUCGAGUGUCAAGUCUAUUAUCAGCGAGUUUAAGAAGACCAGACAAGAUACCUGGCACAUUGACGCGAAGGCCUUCACGUCGGACCAGCUCGAGGAUCUUUCUGGAGUGCUAUGGAAGAGUUACUUUGCUUGAAGCAGCUGUCGCACCAAGCGUGAAUGAACGAAUAUACGAAAAUUGGCAGGGUUGUUUUGCGACAUUUGGUUGAUGGCUUCAUCGUUUCCUUACAGGUAGUUGUAACAGUAGACAUUUCGUUUCUGUUCGAAGACCGCAUGGGCAUUGAGUUGGGUUAAACAAUCACUAAUACUAUCGAUGACUCGUGAU